AUGGAUAACAAAAAAAUAUCAUUUGGAUUUUUUAAAACGAAAAAACAAGAUAAACCUAUCAUUACGGAACAACGUGAAUAUAUUGAGAGUGUCGAGGAUAAUUCUAUCAAAAUUGUUGGAAAAGAAGUAACAAAAGAAGCUGAGCCACUUAUAAUUCCAAUGAAGCCCAACACUCUAAUAACUGCUGAGAAGUUAAAAGAAAUAGCAGAAAAAGUUGAAAGUUCUCUCCAUGAACCAGAAGCUAAUGAGCGGUCUAAAAGUCAAAAUGAGGAUCAAGAACAUGUAACAAAUGAAAGUCUUGACCAAAUGGCGGUUAGAGAACUGUUGCAAGAAGCAAAAAAAGUGAAAACAACUCCAGAACCUAAAUCUCUGCAAAUACCUGUACCUUCACUUCCAAUAAUUGAUGGUCAGAAAGAGUCGUCCUUGGAUGAUUACGAAGCUGUUCCAAUACAAGAAUUUGGGUUGGCGAUGUUGCGUGGAAUGGGUUGGACGCCAGGCAAGGAAACAUCAAAGUACAAGCUUCCACAGCUACGUCCAAAAGGAUUAGGUUUGGGGGCUGACAAGGUGAUAGCAGAAAAUCAAAAAAAGAAUAAAUCUAAGGAUAAUGACAAUGAUCUAAGCAUAGUUAAGAAUGCAUGUGUAAAAGUUACGAGUGGAAAAUACAGUGGUUGCUACGGCAAGGUAGUCAGUUUGGACGAAGACAACGGACGUGUAAUGGUAAACAUUCCUGUCAAGAAAGAAACUGUAAGCUUGAGCGAAUUCAUGAUGCAACCAGUCACCAAAUCUGAAUUUGAUAAACAAUCAAAAGUUAUAAACGCAGACUCAUAUGAAGCUUACAAAAAAAAUGAAAAGGUUUCUCAAAAGACAUCUGAUUACAAAUCAACUAAGGAAAGUUCAUCUAGUCAUAAAUCUAAUUAUGUUGACAACAAGGAAAGAAAAGAAGAUAGCCGAGAUUCACAUAGAGACAGUGACAAAUACUCCAAUGGUAAAAAUAGAGAUGUUAUUCACAGACAAAAACAAGUUUCAUCCAGCAGUGAAGGGGAAAUAUCAAAUCAAUAUAAAAAGAAAGAAAGGAGAUACAGUAGUAGUGAAUCAUUAAGUUCUGAUACAGAAAGAAGAAGAAGAAAGAAAAAGGAACACAAACGCUAUAGUAGUAGUGAUUCAGAAAAAUCGUACAGUCGAAGCAAAGAAAAGGGAUAUAAAAAUAGCAAUACGAAGGAGAAAAGAGACAUAGAUAAAAAGAGAAAAGGGAAAAAGAAAAAGAGAGAUAGAGAUCGGUCGCCUAAUUAUCGUAAACAUAGGAAAUAA